AUAACAACAACAACAAGCGCACAUGUAAAUUUCAAUUUCAGUUCUAGUCAUUUUUGCUUCCUUGUCAUGAACAUUUUCCGGGUUUUAAAGUGGAAAUGACGGCCGUAUUUCUACAAACGAUAUUUCUGUUCAUUUUUGUUGCAUGCACACACUGUACCAAGCAAGAAACUGAUGAUGGUGUGCAAGAGCCAACUUUGUGUGAAGUUUGCAAAUUUAUGGCCACUGAGUUACAGACAAGAUUAGAUGAAACUGGUAAAUCAAAAGAGGUGAUAGAAACUGGUCAUGGCCUGGACAGCAAGAAAAAAAUAAAGAAAUACCACGUCUCUGAGCUAAGAUUAAUAGAGGCUUUGAACGAGCCACAUAUAUGUGAUAGAAUAUUAGAAUAUAAUAUACAUAAAGAAAAGAAGGGCAGUUUAAGAUUUGCUAAAGGCCGUAGUGAAACUAUGGAAGCAUUACAUGGUCUAGUAGAUAAAGGUGUAAAGGUGGAAUUAGGAAUGCCAUAUGAAAUGUGGGAUAAACCUUCUGCUGAAGUUACUCAAAUGCAAAGAAAGUGUUUCAAUUUAGUAGAAAAAUAUGAAGAAGAAAUUGAAGAUUGGUACUUCAAUCAUCAAGAUGAAAACUUCAUGGACUAUUUUUGUAAAAAUAUGGUACUGAGUCCAGAUAACAAUGCCUGUCUGAACGAAUCGCCAGAAUUGCCAAAUACCAGUCAAGAGACUGCAGAAAAUACCAAAUCAAAGAAAGAAAGUGCAAAAUUAAAAGGAGACCAUGGUAAUGGACCAAAUGGUAAAAUAGAAUUAUAAACAAAAUUGUUUGGCCAGGGUGGGGACAAACCACAAAAACAUACAAAAAAAACCCCAACAAUUAAUUAAACUGUUAGACAUACCCAAUAUUAUCAGUUAAAGAUGCAUGGUGUAAGAUUUAGAUAAAGAAUAACGAAAAUGAAUAUACAUGUAUUGAAAAUUCUAAUCAAAUUACCUAAUUAUGAGUGAAGUUAUGAGUGUUGGAAGUUGUAGAUUGUUAAUUAUCGUAGCAAUGGUACUGGACAAACAGGACUAAAUCUGGAUUUUUAAAUCUAGUGGGCAUUCUAAUCUAUUUAAAUCUGCAUCCAAUGUUCUAAAGAGUUGUUUAGGGGCUUGUCAGGUAAAUACAUGUAAAUAAAUAUUUUAUAUACCAUUUGAAGCCAAAAUAAAGACCUGCAAUAGGCAGAUUUAGCUCUUACAUAAUGCAUCUUUAAGUUACUUUUAUUUAUCUUGCUAUGAGACCUCAAAAUCAAUUUUCGGCUUCCAUUUUAGCUCUUACCUUUAAGUUACUUUCAUUUAUCUUGCUGAGAAAUCAAAAUUAAUUUUCUGCUUCUUUUUUUUUCUCAAUAAUUUUUAAUGUAAAUUUUGAUAGCAUUUAUAAACUUUUUGAUCAACCAUUUACAUGUAGCUUAUUUGUCCAUAUGAUAAAAUCAACAUCAUACAUAUACUUAUUAUUGUUUUUGUUUUAUGUUGGAUAAAAAUCUAUUUUUGUUUUAAUAAAUUAAUUUAUAUUCUA